AUGCGCAUGCUCUUCCUCGUGCUCGUCGCGCGCUCGGGAGCCGGAGUGGCGGGGUCGGAGCUGCUGCAACGGCGCGAGUGGCCGCGAGGGGUCGUGCUGGGGCUCGCCAGAGAACGAGGCCACGGCGCGGCGCUCGCGGCGGCGCACGGGGCAGCUUUGAGCAGUGCAGCGCCUCAACAUCAGCUUCAAGCAGUGCAGCGCAACGCCAGUGGCCUCUCUGGAGCUGUGCGGCGGCUGGCGGGCCUGUGCGACGGCGCCGAUCCGUGGGCUCGGGACGCGCAGUCGGCUCGCGUGCCGGUUGCCGAGUCAGCCUGGCUGGCGAGAAGCGCCAAGGCCUUCCCUGCAUUCUGGGCGCUGCCCAGAAGUGCGCAGUGCCUUUGCUGCGCCGACGGGCGGCCUCGAUGCGGAUCGCCGCGAGUGGCGUGGGAGCCUCCAGUGGCACGGUCGUUGCCCAACUUUGACUAUCGAUUGCCGCCGGAACCGGAGGCCGACUUCCUCAACCAACCAAACCUCAUUACCGACUGCCGGGCCUGCGACCGAGAAGCGGCACCAAAGAUCCCGGCGCCAGCGAGCGAGGCGACUGUGACAUUGAGCCUCGCCCACGAGGUCACCGCCACCUCGCGCGACGCGUUUGCCACCGCCUUCCGACGAGACGUGGCGGCGUCACUUGACGUGAACGAGGAUGCGGUCUUCGUCCUCACUAUCUCGGCCGACUCCACCGUCGUCGACUUCAGCGUGCCCGGCGCCGGUGACGUGGCGGGCAUACUACGCGAGGACGGCCUUUCAACGACGUGCCUGACCCACUUUAACGGUGGCGUGACCGUCGACGCCGAGGUUGGCAACAUGCAGGCCGCGUUGCCGUGGCCGACGUGGGGCCACUCCGGCGAGGUGGACCGGAGCAGCGAUUGCAGCGCCUCGAGGCGCGGCCCGAGGGGGCAGCUCGUGGCGCUGCCUCCCGCCGGCAUACUCGAGUAUACACUCGGGCAUGUCAGGCGGCGCCGCGCCGCCCUCUUCAUCGGCCUCGCGGCGGUGCUCGCGCAAGAGGAGCCGCAGCCGCCGCCCCUGUGGCGCAAAGCACAGGCGCGCAGCGCCCUUGGCUCUCAAGCCGGGCGCGCAAUGGCCAAGAUGACGAUGGAUUUCUGCUCAAAGAACCCCACGAGUGAGCUCGAGCCGUGCAAGGAGCCGGCGCUGCAGGAGUCGCUCAAAGGCCUCAGCCUGGAGGAGAAGAAGGAGAAAAUCGCGGCCGCGAUUGGCGCUGUGGAGCUGAAGCGAAAGAAGAAGAUUGCGAUCAUCAUGCACGACGACAUGAAAUCCAUCUACGACGCGACCUGCGCAAAGGAGGCGAAGCAGAAAGGCGAGAUUUGCAACAAUGCGGAGCUCAAAGCCUACCUGGAGAGCCCGUACCAGCCUCCCGGCAAGCAGGCCUUCCAAUGA